AUGCGCUUCUGGUGGCCGGGUUGGGAGCCUCGAGAGCGCUCUCUAUCUAGCGAUAGUGAGUGCUCUACGGACAGCCACUCCAGUCUCGCCAGCGAUGCGUCUUUCUAUGACGCGUCGCCUGAUGACGAAACUGGAGUGGGACACGACGAAAUGCCCCCUCUCCCAGAUGACACGCAACUGGUCACUGGGGAAGAGGCGGGGCAGUCUGAUUUAAGACUGUUCCCAGAAAGUUCGUCACCCUUCUUUGCGGAACGGGUGGGACGAAACUGCCUGGGAACGGUCGCCGUCGGACAAGGGGUAGGGGUACACACUGGUACCUCCAAUAAUUCCCUUCCGGGGCCCCAAAAUGGGCCCCGAGUGCGUCUACGCGCGCCAUCGCCUCGCGGCGAUGACGCGGAGUUAGGCGUCGCAACUUCGGGCACGGGUUCGGAUCCCGCAUCGCCCAGUGCCUACCAAGUUUCCGCGCGCACAGAGGUCUCUGUCGCGCGCGAGGCCCCCCGGUCUCCGGCCCCGAUUUUGGGUGCCAUCAUUGACCGGGAAGAGGCCCGGCGAUUCCCCGUUGGUACCUCCGAAGGUACCUUCGACAAUAUACUUGGUUUAAGUAUAGGGGUCGCCGCUAUUCACGACACCAUUCAAGACAACGAUCAAGACUCCUCGGGCCAAGAUAGCGUCGUCUCCGCCGGCCUUGCAGAGGCCACGAGACCGCCUCCCGCCUCCUCCGCGCGCCGUUUGGCUUCCCCCGCCUCGUCGGACGCUCCCGCCGCUGCCGUGGCCUCGCAGGAUGAAGAUGCGAUUGUUGGCAUACCCGGCAGGGCGGGCGUUACGCUGCCCGACCGGGUAUCGCCGACACAAGGACAAGGACUGCAGAGCGACGGCUCCCCGGGCGCAAGCAUGCGGCGCCCGGGUACCAAGACGUGCACCAAGGGCAUCUACACGUUGCGGAGCGCCCUCCCAGACGUGGGAGCGGCCCAAGACACUGCAAGCGAUGAUGUUGGGCCCGUCAGGGCGGCAAGCAUGCUGCCCGACCGGGUCCAGCAUGGACAUCUACAGAGCGUCGGCUCCCCGGGUGCCCACAGGCAGCCCCCGGGUCCAGACGCGUGCGCAACGGGUCCCCCCGCCCUCCCGCUCGCUCCGGAAGCCCCCGCCGCCGCUCGAGACCCCGCGAUUGUUGCUCCUCCACCCGGCAGGGCGGCACGCAUGCUGCCCGACCGGGUGCAGCUCGGGUCCGCGCUCGUAGCCGCAACGGCUCGCGCACUGGGUGCCUUCCAAGGCCCCAGCGACCCAGAGGAUAGCGAAAGCAGCGACGGCGGGGCCCCCGACGACGACACUGCCUCCUCGAUGGACGACGACGUGGCCACCCCCUCAAGUGAUGACGACCGGCUCGGGCAUGUAGCUACGGAGCUGCCUGCCCGAGCUGGAUACACUGCAGUGGCCGCGGCCGCUCCCGCGGACAUGUACGCUACCAUCAGCGAGGCCGUGUCCACUGCAGCAAUUGUUUAUGAUGUUGUUGAUGUCUCACGUACCUGUGACGACCGGCUCGGCAGGCAGGCUCCCAUACUGCCUGACCGAGUCGGGUGCGACGCUCCGAUGCCUUGCGGCGACGAGCCGUCCGCUGUUGCUGGGCCCUGUCCCCAUGAUGAUGACUGCACACCCGGCAGGGCGGGUAGCAUGCUGCCCGUGGGUGCUGCACAGGCUCCUGCCACGACCGCAGCCGUCCCCAUGGAGGUGGAUCAGGGCGCGACGUGGCAGGCAGCAAGCCUCACUCCGCCGUCUCCUCCUCUCGUGCUCCGCCUCAACGGCAAGCGUCGCCGCUUGAACGACGAGGAUGACGGGGAGGAACGCGAGCAAGCCGAGCAACUGCUGCUCGAGGACGUUGAGGCCGGCCCCAUGAACUCAGCGCUUAGGCCAUCCGCGGCCAGCGCACUUCCGGCCUCCGUCCUGUCCGUGUAUGCCCACAACGCGCCGCACUUCACGUGCACGCUGUGUGCAUAUACGGCGUCAAGCUUUGCUUCGCUCAAGCGCCACCGGGACUCAAGGCAUCGCCGCAUCGCCUUCCUCGACCGGUUCUCGGCAGGUUGUGCGUGCGGCACACCUUUCGUGUCGAGGCUGGCUGCAGCUAACCACGCUCGCGCGUGUGCCAGCCUCCGCGACACUUCGGCUGCGACCGCAUCAGCAGCCGGGGACCUCAGCCCCACUGCUGGUGCAGUCAAUGCCACCGCUACGGUGGCCGACACCGAACCCGUGCUGCCCCGCCAAGACCCUCCGGUGCUCACUGUGUCCCCCCCACAGUCGAGCACCACUCAUGACAGGUCAACAGAGUCAAGAUGGAGCCCCCGCUCCCAAGGCAGCUGGUUGCUUCUCGCGUUGCGUCCCGCCUCUCCGAGGUUCCCGCCCCACGUUGGGGUCCACCACUGCCUCGCAGCGUGGUGGUGUCAAGGAUUGCCGACCGUCUCCUCCCGCCAGAGUUAA